UGUUGGGAUGUUCCUCAGAGUCCAUUUCUGUGCCUUUAAAAGGUACAAUUACAAGGGUACCAACCCUAGUGACAAUACAAGGUACUAAUUUUCAUAUUUUUUUUCUGAGAGUGUACAUUGAUGAUGGUGAUGAUGAUAAUGAAGAUGUUUGGAGAGUUUACAUUAUUGACAUUUAUUCCACAGUAGGUUAACAUGCAAGUUUGUCCAUCCCAGACAAAUUCAUUUGCAGUUUAUUCCAGCAUAUAAGCUGAAGACGUGUACAUUUUCCCAAGUAUAGGUGCUUAGUUGGAGAAUGGCUCAGUCUUUGGCAGAAACCUUUGUGUGUGUUUGUGUAUUUGCAGUCAGACUUUCACUUUGAGUACACAGAGUGUGACGUUCUGGGCUCCCGCUGGCGGGUGGCUGUCCCUAAUAAACCAGACACCUGCACGGGCCUGCCGGACCCAGUGAGAGGCACCGAGUGCUCAUUCUCCUGCAAGGCUGGCGAGUUUCUGGACAUGGAGACACAGGAGUGCCAGAAGUGUGCCGCUGGAACAUUCUCACUGGGGACUGGAGUGUGGUUUGAUGACUGGGACCACCUGCCAGCUGGCUUCUUCAGCUAUGGUGCAGAUACAAGCAUGGGGACUGCUGUCUCCAACUGCUCCAACUCAACCUGGCUUCCAAAGGGCGACUACAUCGCAUCGAACUCUGACGAAUGCAGCUCCACUUUGACUUACGCGGUUAACCUCAAGCAGACAGGCUCCGUCUCCUUUGAAUACUUCUAUGCUGACAACAGUGUCUUCUUUGAAUUCUAUGUCCAGAACGACCAGUGUCAGUCCACAGAGUCUGAGAGCAGGUGGAUGAAGAGCACACAGAGCGACUGGGACACACACUACGUGGAGCUCAGCCAUGGAAACAAUGUGCUGUACUGGCGGACCACUGGUUUCUCCAUGGGGACAAGCUCAGUCAAACCAGUGCUGUUACGCAACGUUGCCAUUAAAGGGGUUGCUUACACAUCCGAGUGCUUUCACUGCAAGCCUGGAACUUACAGCGGGGAGGCAGGAGCCGCCAGGUGUGCCCCCUGCCCAGCCAACACGUACUCCAACAAGGGUGCCACUUCCUGCCAGUCCUGCGCAGAGGACUUCUAUUCUGGCAUUGGGUCAGGAAGCUGUGAGCCCCGGCCUGUGUGUAAGGAGAGUGACUACUUCUACACCCACAUGCCCUGUGACUCCAGCGGCAAGACCCAGCUGAUGUUUAAGUGGAUCGAGCCAAAGAUCUGCAGCGAGAACAGCCCUGACGCAGCACGGCUGCCGGCCUCGGGGGCGAUGGAGCCGUGCCGCCCCUGUAACCCUGGCUACUUCCCCGUAAACGGCUCCGGCUGUGAAGCCUGCCCCCCCGGCUCCUACUCCAACGGCUCAGCAUGUGAGCAGUGCCCAGCUGGGACAGAACCGAUACUUGGGUUCGAGUACAAGUGGUGGAACACGAUGCCCGGCAACAUGAAGACGUCCGUGUACAGCCGGGAGUACAGUGACUCGGACAGAACCACAGCGUGGGAGGUGGCUGGGGAGUACAUCUACACCACCCCUGGGGACGUGGACUCGGACUAUGUGGUGCUGAUGCUGACGGUGCCAGGGUACAGACCAGCACAGCUCACGGGCCGGGAGACACACAACAGUGAACUGUCCCGGAUCUCCUUUGUCUUUGAGACCAAGUGCACAGCUGACUGCAUGCUGUUCUUCAGCGCGGGCCCCAGUGAGUGGAGCAGCCAAACUGUGGAGCACUGGGAGGGCAGUCGGGACCAGCAGUCCUACUCCUACAUUGUCAGGAGCAACGACACCACCUGCUUCACCUGGGCCUUCCAGCGGACCAGGGCUUACGGCACGCAGAAACAGUACCUCGCCGACUUAGCCAAACUCUACUACGUCAAGGUCAGCAAUGUAAUUGGGGGUGUGGCAUCUGGGUGCCGGCGCUGCCUAUUGGACACGUCCACGGGGGGCGUGUCUCCGGUGGGCGGAGAGUGUGUGCCCUGCCCAGCUGGUCACUACAUGCCGAACGACUCCAGCAUCUGUCGGAGUUGCCCUGACAGAACCAUAGUCUGGGUGGAGCAGCCUGUGGGGGAGGAGGCCUGUCAGCCCUGUGGCCCCAACACUCAGAGCAACGAGGACCGCACCGCCUGUGUGAGCGACUGCACCCUGUCGUUGCCACUUCAGGGGGGGGGCCUGGCUCACUACGACUUCUCCUCACUGGCUAACACCACCCACUUCCACAGCAGCGCCCGUUUCACCAGCAAAGGACUGCGCUACUUCCACCAGUACAGCGUCAGCCUUUGCGGAAAUGAGGGGGGGCCAGCUGCACUCUGUGUGGAUAAUGUCACAGAGAGUAAAAGGGAGGUGAAAGGUCACGUGUGCCAGUCCACUGUGGUGCCAUCUCAAGUGAGGGGCCAGAGGUUGGUGUCAUCUCAGCCGUUCAGCAUCGGCGACACCCUGAUCGGCAUCACUGCGGACACCGUCUUGGACAAUAUCUCUUCUCCGACAGCCUACUUUCCCACUGACUCCAGCCUGCCUGAUGUCAUCUUUUACUAUCGAUCAGCGGAGGCGACCCUGGCAUGUAAAAAGGGCCGAUCCUCCACCAUUAGAAUGAGGUGUGACCCCUCUGUCUUAACAAAUGACCAGCUGUCUCUCCCGAGCAUGUGCUCCGAAGGAACGUGCGAUGGCUGCUCUUUCCACUUCCUGUGGAGGACUCGGCACGCCUGCCCGCUCUGCUCUGCCCAUCACUACAAGGAGAUCAUCAGUGGCUGCGAUCAGGGCAUCCAGAGGACCACCUACGUGUGGCAGCAGCCUCUGCAGUGCAGUGGGGGGAUCCCCCUCCCGGCUCAGAAACUCAGUGCCUGCGUCACUCUGGACUUCUGGCUCAAGUUUGGUGUCUUGACGGGGGGCGUGGCUGCCCUGCUGCUCGUUGUGCUCAGCUGUUACUUCUGGAAGAGGACACGCAGGCUACAGUAUAAGUACUCUAAGUUGAUCACGAACACUGGGGAGACAGAGUCCGACCUCCCUGCUGCAGACAGCUGUGCCAUCAUGGAGGGUGAGGACGCUGAGGACGAUCUCAUCUAUCUCACCAAAAGGUCCAUCUAUGGCAAGAUCAAGUCCUUCUCCAGACAGAGAACGUCAGAUGGAUUUGACUCCGUCCCUUUGAAGUCAUCAUCUGGCAUGGAGAUGGAGAUGAAUUGAACAGCUCAGCUGCAGAGCAGAAAGGUGGAGGUCUGCAUGACCACAGGGGAGGGCACAGCAAGGACAUGGACUGUGACAUAAGCCUGAUUUGGGCGAGUGUCACUCUGCCACCUUCUUCUCAGUGGAUGUUCUACCUGAAACAUUUUUUAAUUAUGAUUUUGUCAGGUUUUGUUUAAUGGUAUCGCUCCGUCUCGGGAUCCGGUGGAGUAAGUUUUUGUUAAUAUUUCUUUCCUGAUGUUAUUUUUCAAAGAAGAUUUAAAUCUUAAUGUUUUAUACUAUAUAUAUAUAUAUAUAUAU